CCUCGCGCCCCGCCGCCCUCCGCGCGUCCCCGCUGCGCUCCGUCCCCGCCGCCGGCCCGGGGCGCGCUCUGCCGCUCGGGGUGGAGUCCCCGGCGAUGGCCACCAGGAUCGACAAGGAGGCGUGCCGCGAGGCGUACAACCUGGUGCGCGACGACGGCUCGGCGGUCAUCUGGGUGACUUUCAGAUACGAUGGCGCCACCAUCGUCCCCGGCGAGCAGGGCGCCGAGUACCAGCACUUCGUCCAGCAGUGCACAGAUGACGUCCGGCUGUUCGCCUUUGUGCGCUUCACCACGGGGGACGCCAUGAGCAAGCGGUCCAAGUUUGCCCUCAUCACAUGGAUCGGGGAGAAUGUCAGCGGGCUACAGCGUGCCAAGACCGGCACAGACAAGACCCUGGUGAAGGAAGUGGUGCAGAAUUUUGCUAAAGAGUUCGUGAUCAGCGAUCGGAAGGAGCUGGAGGAAGAUUUCAUCAAGAACGAGCUGAAGAAGGCGGGGGGCGUGAAUUACGACGCCCAGACAGAGUAACCCUGCCCAGUCGCCCCCGUCCUGUCCCGGGAGGGGACCGCCGGCCUCGCCGCAGCCCACCAGGAGAGGACAGGCGAGGAGAGGCCUCCCCGCCACCUGUGUCUGCAGCGCAGGCCCCUUUCUGUCCCCUCCAGACCCCGCUGUCUCUCGAUGCUCACAGAACAUCUUCCUUUGAUCUUCUUUUCUUCUCUUUCCUUUUUCUAGAGAAAAAUCAUUUUGAUGCCGAGGCCAUGUACGUCGUCAGCCCCAACGUGCCUCCCGGGGUGGCCGUGCCUGGUGUUUCCCUGUGCUCCUCAUAGCCCGCCUGGUCUGGGCACCAUGGCCUCUUAUUGCUUCUGGCCCUGACCUGUGCCAUCUUGGUUUCCUUGGGCCUCCUGCUUCCUGCUAGGCUGCUGCUGCACCGGAGGCUGCCACAGCCUUCCUGAACACACACAUUGACCCAUCAGCGGGUGCAGGCCUCCUGCAAAUGCUCCUGGGCCCUCAUCCCCCCCUGCCCAAAAUUGCAUGGAGGUAGUGUUGCUCGUUGGGGAGAAGUCUAGGUCUGGCUCGGACCAAAUAAGAAAUUAUAACAUUUGCCUUAAAACGUGCCCGGCAGUAGCUUAGCCAUCGGGUCUGGAACCCCCGUCCCCACCCUCCGGGCUGAAUCCUCCCGAGUGAGGAGACUCAGGUCUGAGGACCAUUUCCAGGCUGGCCUCGGGCUCACGGAGGGCGCCUGGGGAGCGGGACUUCAGGAGGGGGUGACUCGAGCCCGGCACCCCAGGCUAGCCUUGCCGUGUGCAGGAAGGUGGGAUUGGCUUGGUCCCUUGUGAGCACUCUUUCUAGGUUCUUUUUCCUUUCUCCUCGCUCCUUCCAUUUUGGGAGGAAAACUGCUGUAUGUGCUGCGAAGACAGCUCUGGCACCAAGCAGUUUACAGAAAUAAAUGUUGUGUUUUUAAAAAAAAAAAACAACAAAA